AUGAGAUGUACCAGCUGUACCAUUAUACUACUUUCACUGUUAGUAUUAUUCGCCAGAUGUGAGAAGAAUUCAUUUCUUGUGAGUCUUAAACCAAAGGAGUCAUUAGAUUCGUUUAUGUUGUAUGAUGCAUCCUACCCGGAAGAGCUACAAGUCAAAGACUCCAUCACCAAAUCAUUCAAAAUAGGGUCAUUCGCUGGAUUCACUGGAGAGUUCACUGACCAAGUUCUUGAAAGAUUAUCAAGAUGUCCUUUAGUUGACGAAAUAUCUCCAGAUAUUAUUGUUUAUUCCUUGGAUACACACUAUCAAAUGUUUGCACCUCGUCAUUUAGCACGGUUGAGUAGAAGAAAGAGAAUGCUACCCAUUAGAAAGUACCCCUUCAUUUAUAACAAUGAGUUUGCAGGAAAGAAAGUGAAUGCCUACGUUAUUGAUUCCGGAAUAUACAUAGGACAUCCCGAGUUUCAAGGUAGAGCAAGAACUGGCAGAGAUUUUUCGAAUGAGGGAGAGGGUGACAACAAUGGCCAUGGAACACAUGUAGCUGGCUUAAUAGGGGCAAAAACCUACGGUGUAGCUAAACACGUGGAAAUUUUUGAUGUCAAAGCAUUAAAUGCUGUUGGGACGGGUACUUUGAGUACAAUUAUCGCAGCCAUUGAAUUUGUGGUAAACCACCGGUUGCGAAGCGGCCGACCGGGUGUGGCAAAUCUAUCAUUUGGUGCACAUCAUAAUGCAAUAUUAAACAGUGCAGUUGAACAAGCAACGCGGACAGGCCUUGUAUUUGUUGUUGCUGCUGGAAAUUCAAAUAUUGAUGCAUGCUUAAUGAGUCCAGCAAGUUCCCCAUACGCUAUAACGGUCGGAGCUAUAGACGAUCAUGGUGAUUCAAUCUCUGGUUUUUCAAACUGGGGCCGGUGCGUGGAUAUUUUUGCAAGUGGAUCGAACGUAAGAAGUGUUGAUUUCAAGAAUAUAUAUAAAUCACUGAUUUUGUCUGGUACCUCAAUGGCCAGUCCAAUCGUGGCAGGGGUAGUAGCGACAUUGUUAAGCGAGGGUGUUGAUCCAGCUUGUGUCAAAGACAGAUUAAAAGAAAUUGCAACGGUGAACCGUAUUUCGAGGACAAGCAUGUAUUUCAGACCAGACACAUCGAAUAAAAUAGCCUAUGUGGAAGUGGAGGAAGAGUUUCUGAAAGCAGACAUAGACAGCCAGAGUGACCCAGAUGAAUUAGAGUCAUACGCAAACCCAAUCCUGCCGUAA